AUGCACCGCUCGCGCGGCGCCAAGCUGCUCGAGGCGGCCAAGGCCAAGCCGCCGCCGCUCGCGGAGAACGCGCGGCAGCCGAGCGACGACGACGGCUGGGACCGGCGCGCGCGGGACCAGCCGCGGCGGCCGGCCGUCAAGGACGCGCGCGCGCGCCGCGAGGAGCGGCUCGAGCGCCUGCGGACGUCGCCGGCGCACGAGCCCGCGGCGCCGCUCGCGCCGCGCGCGCCGCUCCUGGCGCCGCGCGCGCCGCUGCUGGCGCCGCCGCGCGCGCUCCCGCCGGCGCCGCCGCCGGUCGUCGUCCGCGACGCGCGGCCCGAGCGGCCGCCGCCGGCGCCCGUCGCGCCGUUCCCGCUCGCGGACCCCGUGGUCCGGAGCCGGGGCCCCGUGCGGCUCGCGGCGGGCGGCGGCUGGCGCGGCGACACGUCGUCGGGCAACGUCGAGGAGAUGUGCUUCGGUUUGGAGGAGCCCGUCGUCUCCGCGUCCGUCGCGCCGGACGGGUCGUGCGUGCUCUGCGGUUUCGGGUCCGGCGUCGUGCGGCUCUUCGACCUCGCGGCGUCGGCGAACGCGCACCCGGAGGACCGCUGGGGCUGCGCGCUCGGGCAUUUGGGGGUCCGCGACGGCGCGGCGGUGCUCGUGCACGUCGAGGUGUCGAGCGACGGGAAAUUCGGCUUCGCGGGCGCGCGCGCGGGCGGCAAGGGCGUGUCCUGCUGGGACCUGGAGUCGUUCCGCAAGCUCCGGGAGACGCGCGGCUUCGCGUCGUCGACGCUCGUGGCGACGCACCGGGAGGCGGACCCGCGGCUCCGGGGGCUGUGCUCCGUGGCGACGAUGGCGAGCGAGGACCGCUUCCGGAGCUACCGCCUGCUCUCGGGCGUGGGCUACGGGUCCAUGAGCGUCUGGGACGUCGUGCUGCCCGAGCACGGGUCGGGCGGCGAGGCGACGUGGUCCUGCGUCUUCCACGAGCCGCUGCGCGUCUGGCGGCUCGACCGGCCCUGGGAGCGGCCGACGCCGCACCACACGAUCCCCGACACCAAGGGCGAGCGGGGCGCGCUCGUGCCGGGGAGCCGCUGGGAGGACAUCGUCGACGACGACGACGACGAGGGGAGCGCCGCGCCGCCGCCGCGGACGACGAAGCGCGGCGCCGUCGCGCUCCUCGGCGCGGGCUGCGGCGAGCUGCGGUGCGCGUAUCUCCGCGAUUUGGCGCCCAAGGCGCCGCCGCCCAAGGGCGCGAAGCCCCUCCUCGCCGAGGUGCUGCCCCUGCCGGCGAAGGCGUCGGGGGAGACGUCGCGGUCGCGGCUCCGGAGCGUGUCGCACGUGCACGCGUGCGACGGCGCGCGCGUCGCGGCCGUGCACCUCGACGACGGCCACGUGGCUUUACUGCGCAACGACGACGGCGCGGCGACGCUCGUGCCCUGGCUCACGCCCCAGGGCGACGGCAUCUCGCUGCGGGCGUCCGUCGCGCACGUGACGUCGGGCGAGCGGCCCUUGCUCGCGGACUCGGUGCUCACGGACCGGAAGAAGUUCUCGGACGUGGCCGUCGUGCUCGCCGUCUUCGACGCGACCCGCGACGCGGGCGUGUUGAAGGUCGGGCGGCUGGCGUCCUUCGACGCGAACGAUUUAAGGGUCGGCGACGGCGACUUGGUCGUCUCGGACGACGUCGGCGUCUGCGACCCGGCCAAGGUGCGGAGCGGGGGCCGGUGCUGGGCCUGCGGCGACUGCGCGACGCACUGGGAGGAGUCGGCGCGCGACGCGCUGCGGCCGUCGUACCGCGAGGCCGAGCGGAAGCGGAAGCCCGAGGACGACGACGUGCAGUUGAUCGAGGCGCCCGCGGAGAAGCCGGCGGCCGCGGACGGCCCGCCGGCGAAGAAGAAGACGAAGCAGGCGGCGCCGGCGUCGUUGCGGUCCGAGGUGCGGUCGUUGCGCGACGCGCUCGCCGAGCGGACCGCGGCGCACGAGGAGGACCUGCGGCGCGCGGACCGAAGGUUCGGAGAAGAAAAGAAGCUGCGCAAGGCCUGGAACGCGCAGCGCGCGGACUACGAGGCGCGGCUGGCGGCGCACGCGCAGGAAUCGGCGUCGGCCGUCCGCGCGGUGUCCGGCGGCGACGACGCGAUGGACGCCGCGGACCUUUCGAAGGUCCACGAGGCGCUCGUGGAGGCCCUGGCGAAGAACCGGGCGCUGACGGCGGCGCGGGCGGCCGCCGACGCCUUGGAGGAGGAGCGCAAGAAGCAGGCUUCUACGUGUGUGGUGUGCGCGGAGGCGGAGUCGCGCGUGGCGCUGGCGCCGUGCGGCCACAUGUGCCUCUGCCCGACGGACGCGGCGCAGCUCCACGCCAAGGGCAUGCUCCGCAAGUGCCCCGUCUGCAAGCAGCCCGUGACGGCGACGGUGGUGGUGCGGGAGGUGUAA